AUGCUAGAGGAUGAGGCUACAGAUGGGCCUGAAGAGCCUAUCACAGAGGAAAUUUCCAUGGCUCUGAAAAUCACCAAGGCAGGUAAAAGCCAGGGCCUGAUAGCUUGACCAUUAAAUAUUUUAAAGCCUUUGACAUUUUGUAACUGCACUUACUCCAUGUGUUUAAUGCCCUUGGGGAAGGUGGAACUUUCGACUCCAACACACUAUUGGUGCAUCUGGUGGCUUUGCCGAAGGACCCCUCUUUGUGCCACAGCCCGAGAAAACCUCUCCAAAGUUCUUAACUUGAUUCACACAGCCCGAAUGCACUCUUAUCCCUUCGUCUCCGCAGAGAAGGCAUUUGGCAGGGUAGACUGGUUAUUUGUUUGGGACUUGGCCCAAAUAUGCUAGUGUGGGUGUGAUCCUUAUACUCCUGCCUGCCUGCACACAUUAACCGCAAGCCUUAAAUCAUUUCUGAAUUUAGUGUGCACAAACCCACAGGUUACAGACGUCUGGUGAACAUGGGGAAAGACAAAGAUUUCUGCUUAUGUAGAUGACCUAUUGUUCCCAGUGGAAAAACACAAUAACUUUUCUGGCGGACAUUGUGCAUGUUUUGAACAAUAUGGAUCACUAUCCAAUUUAAACAUUAAUUUUACAAUCUCUGAAAUAAUCUAUCAGCUGUGAUCCGGUAUUAACAGUGAAUCUCAAGGACAUGUUCCCUUUCCAAAGAUGUACUGGGGCCAUAAAAUAUCUUGGUGUCAUGACACGUGGAUUUCUCCAGUAUGUUCUGCCUUAACGUCCUGUCCUUGUUCAAUAAAGUGAAACCGGAAUUGAGGCAAGCUCCUCACGUAACAUGGCCCCUAUGGAAAAUUGUGGGGUCCUAAGACUGCGUACCCCUCUAUCCCACAUCUGGAAAUCCGUUCUUCCCUCUGGUUAUCUCUUCUCAAUAUAUGGCCUCUCUGGGGAUGCCCUUAGAAUAUCUGUUGAUGGUGCCAUACUCUUCUCAUGGAGUUCACUGCACUGCUCACCAUGGGUCAGCUACUUCAGUUCAGUUCAGACUGAGCAGAAUGGCUAUGCUCUCCGUAAUUCCUUCUUUUUCUUUUUUUUUUUGUCCAUUUUUCUCCCUUCCUCUUACCCAUCAUUCGCUCAUACGUUGUCCUCAACAUAUGACUGUUUCCCACUUUUUACCCUCUACUUCUCAUCUAGCUGCUUCAAAACAAAUCCAUUGUUUAGAGGGAUUACGGUUUUCUCAAAUGAAACGACACUCCGCCGUGCACUGUGAGUGCUUCAGCCACAUUAGGUCCUCCCCAUAAGAAAACAUUGCUUCAACGAGCUGAAGUGAUCUGGGUGCCUAUAGUGUCCCUUUACUUCCAAUUUGAGGGACCUGCCUGACAACCCAGGCACAAAGUCCAGAUAAUUAAAUUAUUUGACCCUGUAACUUUCCCAAACACCAUAAAACCUGUACAUGGUGGGUACUGUUGUACUCUCUAGACAUCGCUGAACACAAAUACUGUAUGUGUAUUUUAUUGCAGUAAAAACUAACCAUAUUAUGGCAUUCACAGUUAACAUGCCACGCAGAACUAAGAAACAAACAAUUUUUCUUAAUUUCUCACUUCUUUUUUUUAGAUUUCAUUCAUAUUAAGGUGUGUGUGUGUGUGUGUGUGUAUAUAUCUAUCUAUAUAUUUUGAUGUGAAAUGAAAGCCCUGUUUCUCCUCAACAAAAUGACUCUUUAAGGGCAUCCACACUUAUUAAAAAAGUGGUAAAAUUAUGGUUAAGACCUAUAUCUCAAAUUCUAGGUUUUGAUCAGAACCUGCAUCUCAAAGAUCAGAAAAAUGAUUGUUCCUAAUCUUCACACAAACUGCACCUCUGUGUUAAUCACCAAUGCAUAUGUCAAACGCGUGGUUUAUUUGCCUAGCAAGCAAGAGGCUGGUACUGUCUAGCAGAUUUUAAAUCUCUCUGCACAGCUUCUGUUCUACUUGGAGCAGAGGUUUCUGGUAAUUGCAGUACAAUUUCUUGUUUUACGUGCAGCCCUUAAAUAGACCUUUUAAGAAUUGUAGUUUACAUGUUUAAGAUACAAAGUUCUUGCAGUAAAGCACUUGCAAUUGGAGUAUACCUUAAACAUGCUUCUUCAGUUCAGUGACUAGUGCAAUAUGAACUACUUGAUUUUGGUCUGUUCUUUUUUUACACAUGCUUUUGAUGUAUCACCUCUAGGACAAGCCAAUAAAAAACUGUUUGACCCAUUACUGUCAGCCAGUGCUGAAAUGUAAGGACAAGCUACAGACUCGUGUGAAAGGUAAGGUUUUAUCACUGAUACCUCCUAGAGGGGAUAUACAGCCAUUUUUACACCUUGCAGAAGAUAGAAUGUAUGAUAUAAAUCUAGCACUUAUAGUUUGGAAGUGUGAAUGGAUUAUAUACAAUAGAGCCUCUGUGAGAGGUGAAAGUGUUAACUGAAUUUGUGGUGUUUGCAUAAAAGUUGAUUUCUGACUACAUGCUUGAAUUCUAAAAUUUACAAAAUUACAGAAGUAACAGAAUAGCCUUUUAUUUUCUUGGUUUCCCCUGUCGACACAAUCAGUCUUAAAAUGAAAACUAUACUUUGUGCUGGCCAAAGAUCAAUAACCAAGGUGCCACCAUGUCAUAUUUGCAUAACUGAUACAAAUACUUUUUAUUUAUUUUAUUAUUCAUUUCUAGCAAAAUCCUUGUCUGAUGUUAUGAACUGCAUAGAAUCUAUGUCCAAGCAAAAAGGGUAAGACUUAUUUAAUGCAUUUUAUAAGAACCUAUUCAGUUAAACUUGAAAAUCUAAUAGACUUGCAGUUUUACCCGUUUCUUGAAGAGUUUGGUAAAUCCCAGAAUAUUCUGACAUGCUGUCUGGUAUGAAAGUGUUAGAAUUCUUUUUCUCUAAGAAUACAUUUUAGUUCUGGAAUUGUCUGCUCAAUGGUGUGGGAAGCGUGAAAAUAUUCCCCACAGAGGUCGUGAGAACAUGGCGACUCCAGCAAGAACCUUCAGUGUGGAACCAAUUUGUAUGUAUGUGUAAGUAAUGUGGUAUACGCUGCCUGUCCAAUCACAACAAAGCAGGCAGGGCAUCCCCCCAUAUCAGCCACUUCCAGGGCUAUCUAUUGAGUCCUGGCAAUCAAAAACCUGGAGUAAGUAUGAAUGGAAUUUCCAUUCCUGUCAAUCUUUUGGGCUUUCUCAAAAUGUACAAUUAUAGUAGGACCACAAGAUCCUCCAAUAAAUGAUUGAAAACUUAAAUCCGAAGGGGAAACUAAGGCUCUUGAGUGGGAUUGGUAUUGUUUGGCACAGGUUAAAAAACAAACAAAAACAAAAAACCAAAGAAGCACACUGUAAUGCGAAACACAUCUUUUCUCAAUCACUUCCUCUUCUCUCCUUCUCUCAGGAUCUGUUCAGUUCUUCCAAACUGCUCUAGUUUUCUUUAAACAUAAGACCAAGUAGGGGCUAUUUUGUCUUAUGUGUUUUUCCUACGCACAUUUUGCCCUAACAGAAUGAGAACAGUUUGUCCAUUCGUCUUAGGAUGCAAAUCGGGAGUUUUUGUUUGGAUCGGAAUUUCAUUCAAAUUAAUUAAACUCCUAUCCUAUUCAUGCUACGAGUAGAUGGCUCUCUAAUUCCCACACUGUUAUGGAGCUAUCUACAAAAAGGCUGAAAGACCCAAAUUGGUAUUUUAGCCAAAUUUACAAAUACUAAGUUAAGAUUACUUCGUAUUUGUAAUUAAUCUGCCCCUACUCGCCAGUGGCUGCUCACUGUUGUAAAAAAACACCCCCCUCUACUUUAAUAAAGUGCUCCUUAUUGGGGCACCUAUAAAAAUAAUUGGUGACCCUGAAAUACAAUGGGGGGGGGGGACCUAUUGUCUGUCCCCACCCAUGCGUGGUGGGUGGGGACCCUAAAAUACAAUAGGGGGACCUGUUGUCCACUCACCCAUAGGUGAUGGGUGAUGGAUUGGGCGAAAUGUAAAAAUUACCCCCCAAUGUGACUAGGGGUCCUCAAGCCCCUAGUAACCCCCUCAAAUAAAAGCCUACCUACCCCCCUCACCCUAAAAAUAGUGAGGGGGGGAAACAAUAAAACUAAAUACUUGGGGGCGAAAAAAAAAUCAUACUUGCAAUUAGAAGUCUUCUUUCUUCAGCCCCAAAAAAGGCCAAAUAAAAAUCCAUAAUUUACGCCGAAUUUAUAAAAUAAAAAAAUGACCACUCCCACCAAAAAAAAUCCCAAACUAAAAAAGCCAACUAAUAAGAGUGCUGUGAUUGGUUACCUGCAAGCUUAAGAUUUACCUAUCACAGCACUCUUAAAACAACCAAUUUGAGCACUCUGAGUCAAAUUGCAGGGCGUAUUAAGGCUGUAUAAGCCUUUCCCCACCUUGCGGAGCUCGCUGGGUGAAGAUGGAUUAAUUUUUAAGUGUCAGGAUUCUUUAUUUUAUAAAUUGGAGGAGAAUUAUGAUUUUUAUAGUGCCUUUUUGGGGGCUGAAAAAAGUUUUAGAAGCCUUCUAAUGGUAAGUGAUUCUCUCACGCGCCCGCCUGCCUGCCCGACCGGCCACCCGCCCAGGAGCCCAGCAGCACCACUGGACCCCAGGGAAUCCCCCCAGCACUCCAAAAGGUAAGGGGGGAUUACAUUUAAAAAACAAACAAAAACGUAUUAGUGUUUGAGUGUUAGAGUGAGUGUUAGAGCGAGUUUGAGUGAGUGUUAGAGCGAGUUUGAGUGAGUGUUAGAGUGAGUUUGAGUGAGUGUUAGUGUUAGAGUGAGUGUUAGUGUGUGUGUCUUAGUGAGUCUGUUUGAUGUCUGUUAGUGAGUGUGUGUUUGUCAAUGAGAGUGUAUGUUUUGUAAGUGUGUGUGUGUGUAUGUCUGUCGCUGAGUGUGUCUCUGUUAGCUAGUGUGUAUGCGUCUGUAAAUGAGAGUGUGUGUGUCUUCAGCACUUACCUUUCUCCAGCACCGGACUCUCUUGGCGCUGGGGAUCCCUCAGCCUCUCAGCUCCGAAUGAAACCGCGCACGCAUUCAAACCGCCCAUAGGAAAGCAUUACUCAAUGCUUUCCUAUGGACGUUCAGUGUGCUCCUCUAGCGGCUGUCAGUGAGACAGCCACUAGAGGCUGGAUUAACCCUCAGUGAAACAUAGCAGUUUUUCUGAAACUGCUAUGUUUUCAGCUGCAGGGUUAAAACUAGAGGGACCUGACACCCAGACAACUUCAUUGAGCUGAUGUGAUCUGGGUGUCUGUAGUGGUCCUUUAAAGGACCACUAUAGUGCCAGGAAAACAUACUCGUUUUCCUGGCACUAUAGUGCCCUGAGGGUGCCCCACCCUCAGGGACCCCCUCCCGCCCGGCUCUGGAAAGGGGAAAAUAAAACUUUUUUCCAGCGCUGGGCGGAGAGCUCUCCUCCUCCGAUCCUCCUCUUCUCCUCCCCGUCGGCUGUAUGCGCACGCGCGGCAAGAGCUGCGCGCGCAUUCAGCCGGUCACAUAGGAAAGCAUUCAUAAUGCUUUCCUAUGGACGCUGGCGUGCUCUCACUGAGAAAAUCACAGUGAGAAGCACGCAAGCGCCUCUAGCGGCUGUCAAUGAGACAGCCGCUAGAGGAAAUAGGGGAAGGCUUAACCCAUUCAUAAACAUAGCAGUUUCUCUGAAACUGCUAUGUUUAUGAAAAAAUGGGUUACCCUAGCUGGACCUGGCACCCAGACCACUUCAUUAAGCUGAAGUGGUCUGGGUGCCUAGAGUGGUCCUUUAAGUGUGUGUGCAUCUGCAUGCACUGGUGUACAUACCGCGGUCACAGGGGUCGCAGCCCUGUAACCCCUGCGACCAGGUGCCCACCGCCAUGUGUUGCGGCCCGGCCCGCGCGCUGGGGGGGGGGGCCCACGGAUCAAUUUUCGCACCGGGGCCCCUGGGUCAUGUGUACGCCACUGUCCCCUGUCUAGUUUAAUGGCCCCCACUCUUGGGGAGGGGGGGACACUUUGUCUUUCCAUUAAUUAUUUUUAUAGGUGCCUCACUAAGGGUCACUUUAUUAAAGUAGUGGGGGUGUUUUUUUACAACAGUGAGCAGCCACUGGCUGUUUAGUAGAUAUGCCCCUACUCGCAUUAUAGCGAGUAGGGGCAGAUUAAUUACUAAGUAAUCUUUACUUAGUAUAUAGCUCCCUCAUACUGUGGGAAUUAGGGAGCGAUCUACUCACGGCAUGAAUAGGAUCGGAGUUUCAUUCAUUUGAAUGAAAUUCCGAUACGAAGAAAAACUCCCGAAUUGCAUCCUAACAAGAACAAACUGUUCUCAUUCUGUUAGGACAAAAUUCUGAGAUUUUGCCAGCGUUCGAAUGACAAAUGAAGCAGCAGGAGAAAGGUGAGAACCACAGGAAAUGGAACGGACUUUGCUCCUCCCCUGGGUCAAAGCUGGUCAAGCGCAGGAAAAAUACAUAGACAAACUAAUCCCUGCUUUGUCUUAUGUUUUUAGAAAACUAGAGUAGACUGGAAGAAAUGAAGAACAGAUCCUGAGAGAGGGAGAGAAGAGGAAGCGAUUGAGGAAAGGUAUGUUCGCUUUAAGUGUUAAGACCAUCAAGUCCAGCUGCUUUCCACAUUUUGGAUAAGUUUCAUCAUGACAUUUCUGUAUCAUAUGUACUGUAAUAAUGCUCAAUGUCACUAAUUUGUGUUAUUGAUUGUGUAGAAACUCUGAAAAACUAAAGCACAUUUGAUACUUGAAUUGUCAAAUUGUACAGAAACCACCGUUAUAAUUUACACUGUUGAAAAAAACUUUCAAUAAAAACAAAAGAAAUAAAGACACAACAUGGGAUUACUCCCUCUAACAAGAGUUCCAAGUUAGCCAAUGUGAAUUAUGUGCAAAUUAGGCAUCUGAUGCCAUUCUGCUGGUGCAAGACAUCCAAUUGCAGCACAGUCCCCCUCUCUAACAUGCUUCAGUAAGGUGGUAACAUCAGCUGGGGAGGAUCAGAAACUAGGAAUACUUUGUCUUGGUGCAAGAAUUGAUGCAACUUAAUGCCAUAUUGCUUUGUGAGUGGGGGGGAGAGGGAGAUAGGGGAAGGGGGUGCAGUAUAUGAAAAGUCACUCUGACACAUAUGCACAUGCAUUUUAAAUUAUUGUCCAAUUUGAAAAGUCAGAUAUAGUUUUCAAAUCCUGUACUGUGCGGUAGGUUCUCAUACAUGGCAUCGCAGGGACAUGCAUGUCCCCGUCCAAAAUUAGUGGAAACUGCAUUUCUGGCUAGCAGCUGUCAUUUGCAGUUGCUAUCAUUAAGAAACCCUCUCAGAUCUGCAGGGAGGGUCACUUUACUGUAAAUGUGGACUCCGACCUAUCUUUGAUUACUUAAUAGCCGUUCGCUGAUUAUUGGUGUCCGAGAAAGCUGAACCAUAGAUUGCACAUGCAUAGUCUGAGGGCUUUCCAAUAAUGACCAUUUCACAUAGUAUCCAUUUACAAUGAGUUUAUAAGGAGUUCCAUUCAUCUUAAGUGAUUAUUGGAAGUGUAGGUGAGGGAUGAACUACUUAUCUGGUAAAACCUUGCUGGAUAGCAGUUUAUGGGACACAGCCAGUGUCCCAUAAAACCGAAUGACUCUCUUCUCUUUGGAGAGUCUCAUCUUGGAGUUAGAGGGGCACGUUAAAGGUAAGUUGUUUUUUUAUUUUUUUUUAUUUUUUAUUUUUUUUAAAGCAAUAUUUUUUAAAAAAUGCAUUAGCUACAUAAAUAUAUUGUACAUUUUUGCACACAUUCACAAUUGUACAUUGCAACUGUUGAUUUCAGCCUUAUAUUACAUACUUUUAUUGGGAACACAACGGGAUAUGCAUAUAAAAAUGCUGCUGUGAACUGCUAGUAAAGAAAACAUUUUCAGAUCUAGUUUGAUAAAGAAAAGGUAAUUCAAUAAACUGAAAAAAAAAAAUCCUUGUAAAUGGUCUUGUUGAUUUAACUUCUUUUUAUUAAUUUUUUCUUGGACUUAAAAGUGGAAAAUAAUUUGGAAACUGUUUUUUUUUUUUUUUUGUCUAACAGGUUGGAAUCCCAUAUUGGCCCCAGUGGAACAGUUUGCUACAUUACAUCAGAAAUGUUUUAUGUUGAAAUUCAAAUGAAGAAAAAUGGAUAUGUAGAUUUUGUAAAGGUGGCUCAUCAUGGGGACGUUCCUAGGGUAAUAUUAAUUGUUAACCAUAUGGUCAAAAAAGCAUUGUUACAAGUGGACCUGUCACCUACAGUUUCUUUUUUUGUUUUGUUUUGUUUUGUUUUUGUAAAAUUGCAGUUAUUUAAGGGGGGAGCUAUUUAGACUGCAAAUUAAUCCAGUGACUAGAGUUAACGUGGUAACAUGUUGGUCCUGGACUGUACUGACUUUUUUACCCACCAGAUACAUACACUUGAAGAACAGAUGUUCACAUCUGAUCCCACUUUCGUGUAGAUUUAAUACAAUUUCCUCCAUACUAUGCUGCCCCACAUCAAAGGGGUUUACUGGAGCAAUACUCUUGAUAACGUGACUUUUUUUUUUUCUAACCUACUGCAAGUUUAAGUCAACUAUAUUUGCACCUUGGAGCCACACUUGAUCAUGCCUUAACUCCAAAAAAGUAUAGACAAACUGAACACUUCCUAAUUCUGACUACAGAUUACAUAAAAGUGCCAUGAUAACAUUUUUACAAUAUAUAAAAUGAAAUGUAUAUUAUAGUUUAAGUAUAUACAGUAAGUGCAAACAAUCACCGUUCUUACUCAAUGCCAAUGGAGUGAGGGGCUGACUCACCCAUUUUCCUAAUGUAUGGUCCCUCAUGUUUGGGUUUCUUCAAGCUGUCAACGCUUAUUACAUAGAUUCAAAUUUCUCUGCCUAUGUUUUUUCCCCCAAUGUUUUACCCAUUUUUCCCCCCCCCCCAAUGAGGCACAGACUUUGUUUCCAAGGAGAUUCAAGAAUUGGUGCACAAACAUUAAGAUUCUAACCCAUACUCAGUUACGUAAGCAAUUUUUUUUGUUUCCAAAAAGGGAGGUUGUGUCUGACCAGUGAUAAAUCUCAAACCCCAAACAUUAUGUGACUUACCACCAAAUCAAGAUGGAAGGUGUACAUUGCUUGUGAGACUUACUUCAACCCUUGGACUGGAUGGCUAAGUUGGAUCUGCAGGACUCCUACCUCACAGUGCCUAUUGCAGACUGUCAUCAAAUUUUGCUGCAAUUUACAUGGCAAGGUUGGAAAUGGAGGUUCUGGUGCCUCACAUUCUGUCUGUCCUCUGCUCCAUGGUACUUCACCAAGCUCACUGAAACCUGUGGUCGCCAUACUAAGAAGUUGAGGACUGUGUCUAAUCCUUAAUCUGGAUUACAUUUUAAUUCUAGCUUAUUCCGCCCACCUUCUUCAGACUCAUCUGUUUUGGACUUCGACCUUAUUUCAGAAUCUAAGUUUUCUUGUUAAUUGGGAAAAAUCUAUCCUGAUUCCCAUUCAACGCAUCGAAUUUCUGGGUCUUAUUGACUCCACUUACCAGACCCUGCAUAUUCUGGUGACUAAAUUAUUGAAUGUCAGGUUCAAAAUUAUCGAACUCAACACUUUCGCUAACACCUGACAUGACUGAUAUGCCUUCUGGCCGCAUCUAUACAUGCUAUAUUUCCGGGCACUCUUUACCAUCAGGUUCUUCAGCGAUUGUACAGGUGAUACUCGAAAGAUUUGAAUAUCGUGCAAAAGUUCAUUUAUUUCAGUAAUGCAACGUAAAAGGGGAAACUAAUAUGAGAUAGACGCAUUACAUGCAAAGCAAGAUGGUUCAAGCCGUGACUUGUCAUAAGUGCGAUGAUUUUAUGGCUUACAGCUCAUGAAAACCCCAAAUCCACAAUCUCAGUAAACUAGAAUAUUACAUGCAAUCAAUAAAACAAGGAGGGUACAUAGAACAAUAUCAGACCUCUGAAAAGUAUAAGCAUGCAUAUGGACUCAGUACUUGGUUUGGGCCCCUUUUGCAGCAAUAACUGCCUCAAUGCGGUGUGGCAUGGAAGCUACCAGCCUGUGGCACUGCUGAGGUGUUAUGGAAGAGCAGGAUGCUUCAAUAGCGGCCUUCAGCUCUUCUGCAUUGUUCGGUCUCAUGUCUCAUCUUUCUCUUGGCAAUGCCCCAUAGAUUCUCUAUGGGGUUCAGGUCAGGCGCGUUUGCUGCAUUACUGAAAUAAAUGAACUUCUGCACGAUUAUUAUUCUUACGAGGAUAUGCGGACUCUAGACAAUGAUACGAGCUUCACUGGUGGCUCCUUCACAUGGAGGCAUGGAACGGAGGCGCCAUAUUCUGCACCACUCCAGACCUAGUCAUAGAUCUGACACGAGUUUAUGCGGUUGGGGUGUACAUAGAGCAGCUACUACUGUCUGUCCCACAGCCUUGCUUGUCUUGAUGUUCUGUUCCACGCAGCCUGACAAAACUACAUUGAACAAAGAUCCAAAAGCCAGGAACAGGAACUUUUGGUUUAGAGGGGAGGGGAUGGUGGCCUUGUUCAAUUUCCAAAUUCAAGAAAUAUUAUGGGCAUCGUAACCACUUAUUUUCUAUUUCAAAAUGUAUCCUUUGGGGCCUGUCUCUCCAUCUCCACUUCUGUUUUGUACAUCUCAGAUUUAUAAAAGUGAGUAAAACAUUUGCACGUGACAAAUUCAUUCUGUUACUUUGUAUGAAAUACCCUCCACGUGCCUUUAACUGAAAAGCAUUUGUAAUAUGUGUUUGCUACUUUGACUUCCCUUGAAGAUAUUACAUUGUAUACAGUAGGAUAGUUGCAACUUUCAACACAACACUAGCAUAAAGGGACUCUCCAGUGCCAGGAAAACAUAUCAGUUUUCCUGGCACUGCAGAAUCCUGCAGUGCCCCUCUCCCUCCCACCCCACAUUGCUGAAGGGGUUAAAACCCCUUCAGUGACUUACCUGAAUCCAGCGCCGAUGUCCCUCUGUGCUGGGUCAGGCUCAGCCCAUGGCCAUGUGCACGCAUUAGACCUCCCCAUAGGAAAGCAUUGAAUAAUGCUUUCCUAUGGGGAUUCCGGCGACGCUGGAGGCCCUCGUGCAUAGUGUGAGGACGUCCAGCGUAGUUUAAUACACUUUUUGGGGGUUUUAAGAACCCGGAAGUCCCUCUAGUGGCUGUCUGGUAGAGGUGGACUUAACCCUGCAAGGUAAUUAUUGCAGUUUAUAAAAAUUGUAAUAAUUACACUUGGGUUAACAGGUGAUAGGAGCUGGCACCCAGGCCACUCCAAUGGGCAGAAGUGGUCUUGGUGCCUGGAGUGUCCCUUAUUGAACUAUUGUUUACAUCUUAGUAAAGCCUGUCAAAGUUUGGUUUGAGUGAUCGUUCUAGACUUUUUAUAGAUAUAAAUAUAUAUUUUUUUUAUUUAUUUUUUCUUUCCCCUAGGAAUCAGAUGUUAUGGUCCAACUUAUCAGGUAUUCUAAUAUUCCAGUGUUUGCAGGUUUUUUGAUGGCAUGGAACGUGAAAGAUGCACUGUAG